AUUCACACGCUCUAAAUAUAGCUGCCUUAAAGUCAGACAGACUGCAGGAGAGACUGCUGUGAAACAACACGAGGACUUAAGUAUUUUUUUUCGUCCACAGUUUCUGUCUUUGUUGGCCUUCAUGAACCGAAGAUUAUCGAACUGAUGGACCGACAGCCCCGUCUGGAUCAAAGGGUGGACUAGUUUGUUGUGAGGAAUCCAGAGACUUUAUCAGCUGGAAGAAAUGUUAUGCCACUGUGUUCUUUUAGUCGGCCUCAGUCUUUUCGUGUCUCGGUGUGAUGGCGGCUGUUCGGAGGUGGACUCCAUGACCGAAGCUGUGGCAGGAGAAGGAUUCCUGUUGGGCUGCAUCUCCUGUAAGAGACGAGAGGAGGUCCCUGCCAGAGCCACCGUAGACUGGCACUUCAGACCGCUGGGAGAGGAGGAGGAGGUGGAGGUGGAGGAGGAGGAGUUCAGGCAUAUUUUCCACUAUGACCACCCCUCGGCCGACAUCCUCCAUGAAGAUUUCAGUGAGCGCCUGGAGUGGCGCGGGACGAAAAACACGGAUAUUCAGAUAGGAGCCAUUUACAUUACUAACGUCACCUUCAAUGACAUGGGGACAUACCGCUGCACCAUCCACCGCACGCUCUUCCUGCCCCAGUACAACGAGCAUGUCACAGUGGAGAAGGAGGUGGAGCUCAGCGUGGUGCCUGUGGCCAAUAGGGAGCUGACGUCGGUGAUCUCAGAGAUUAUGAUGUACGUGCUGAUAGUGGUUCUGCAGCUGUGGCUCGUCGUUGUUCUUGUCUACUGUUACAAGAAGAUUUCAGAGGAGCACGAGGCUCGGGAGGCCCGCAAAGCUCUCAAAGCUCAGGCGGAACUCAUAGAAUCAAAAGACAACUGUGACGGGGUGCAGCUCGAGUAAAAGCCUGGUAAAGCACAAGUCACCUCUGCAAGACUCAAGCUUCACUGCUGCAUCAUGAUUCGAAACUCCUGUAAUGGAGGUUGAUUUGGAUUUUUUUAUUUGUGUGAUGCUCAUUUGUGUCUUCAACGUUUACAGUUAUGUGUGAAUACAAGCUGAAGGUGCAGAAGACAGCAGGCAGAUUUCCCCUUAGAUUUACUAGACCUGUUGUCUCUUCGAUGUCCCAUGAGACAACAAUGACUCGCAUUACUUGUUUGUGGAUUUGAACGUAAAGCUUUCAAUCCAAUGAACUUCUUUUUUAUUCCAUAGUCAUCUAUGAUAUGUGAUUUUCUUAGUACAGGAAAAAUUACAAAUUAUUUAAUCAGAAAAAAACGAAAUCAGAUUCUUGUUAUAAUGUCUUUAAUUAUAACUAACCCAAUUAUAAAUACACUUUUUCACUUUUUGUAAACGUUUGACGGAGUAUAAACACCUUCCAAUAAUAAUAACGAGGCUGCAGAAUCUUGGUAAGUGUGUGAAAUAGUGCGGACAUGAACAGAUCAUCAGUUUCCAAAUGGCUGAAGAAUCGAUGAACCGUCUGUCGAUGAUCUGAGCAAAUUAUUCAGCAAAGACAACUGCAUGAAAAAAUAUUUGAAAACAUCCCAUCAAACAUUGAAUGUAUUGGUAUGCCUCAGCUUCACAGACUACUCUCCGGAUCUCAGGAAAUCUGUGUCUUUAAAGCGAUAGAUUUCAAACUAAAUAAAUCGAUAAGUCAAAUGGUUUUAGGUAACAUUAGUCUGUGAGUGUGCUGGGUUAUAUGAAGACGGGUCCUUUGAGGAUAUUCAUGUCCUCGGUUUUUAAUUCUCUUUGAAAAAGAAGAACAUGCAAAUCAAAUGUGUAACGAUUGACCAAUGUCAUGUCUUAAAAACUGCCAUAUGAGAUUUCUUCACUUUCACUUUAAGAGUCUCUUGGUAUCUGAGCGCUCCUGAAACCUUGAGAUUUUUAAUGUGGGCUGUGACAUCACAUCCAAGCCAGCUUUAGUGAGCCUUAAUCCUGAGCAGCAUGUCUUAAUUUAGCUGUGUGAAAAUGUAAAAAAAAAAAAAAAAAAAAAAAAUACACUGCUGUAGUCAAUCCAAUCUUUUCUGUUACUUCUCGUCUCUUCUUCUCUGUAAGUUUGUAAAUUAACCUGAUUAAAGAAAACGCUUUGGUAAA